AUGGCUGCUAUUGAUCUCAUUUGGCAAACAAAUGCGUUCCCAACAUCUUUCAAUACUGAUUGGUCAAUCGAAUAUGGAAACGAAUCCAAUGAUUACUUGCUGCGAAGUAUUCCCCGAGCAUUCCAGAAUAGUACAUGUACUUGUGUCACUUCGAACCAAUGUCGACAACCCUUAAGAAUUGGCCCUCCUGGACUUCUUUUACCUGGUCUUGUUGUUGGUUGUUCGCCUAUGGAUGGACUACGCAUGUCGACACUCGAAUGUUUCUUCUCAUCAGAUUGUAUCAACAUAAUCCUUAAUUAUCUCGACUACUACACGCAGAUAGAUGGAUCACCACCAACAGACUUUGUUCCUCCUGUAGAACCUACAUUGAUCGUUGCAGCACUUAACAGUUCCACACCACCAAGAUUUUCAUCUGACACACCAAUCGGUCAACUGAUCGAUGAUCUCUUUAUUGAGGAGUGGCUUAAUACAAGCACAUAUGAAAGCUAUUUUGCUACAUGCGCUCCAAGCACAUGUCAAUAUCAAAAUGCUGAAACUCACAAUGUCUGGUAUGUGAUCACAUCACUCUUAGGACUUUAUGGAGGACUCACUGUGACUUUACGAUUCAUUGUUUGGAACAGUGUACAAUUUUAUCAAAAGAUCAAACGUCGUUUUCACUUUCGUCGUAUCAAAGUAACAAUCAUUAAUGAGUAA